AAGAAGCUUCCAACUAAAACAACUGUUUGUGAUUUAGCUCAAAGAAACAAAUAUUAAUUGGAGUGUUAGAAUGUUUUCCCAUUGUGACAGAGACGUUCGUCAAUUAAUGCAGACAUAAAAAAUUAUUGUGGCAAAUAUUAAUUAAAGACAAUGAACGUGCAUUAAUGCAGACUCUGCGUAAUUAAAAACAGUUUUAUGUUGUCAUCGCAUUCUUUAAUAUAACAACAGCUGAAAAUGAUUGGCGUAGCCGUGCGUUACUUCCUCUUCUUUGGAAUUAUGUUUUGGUACAGCAAUGGUAUGUGGAAUUUAAUAAAUGACUACUUCCAGCAGCGAUUUAAAGCUUAUCUAGCCGAAGAAAUGAAAGUCAGUAAUCGAAAGUUGUCAGCAGACUCUGCUGAGACUUCAUCAUCGCAUAGUUCAACUGUCGUUAGGGAACAUGUAGUGGAACCCGGGAGUAUUAUGUUAGCACAGGAAAAUCCUUUCAGAGUGGAUGGAGAAAAGUCUGAGAGGGUAUCAAUCAAAAUCAUCAACGAGGUGUCACCAAUCUUGAGCAAUGAUGAUAAUGAAAAAACUGGGGAAAACAUCAAGGGCAGAAACUUUCAGCCAAGUAUAUCGGAAAGUUCAUUAACUUGCAAUAAUGACGAUAAUAGAGGUAAUACAUGCGAUAUGUCUCUGGGAAAUUGGUGGGCAUAUCACUGAAGAAAAUCACGACAGAUGCAAUGAAAGAGGAAAUCCGGUCACAUCGAUACUCAAUCCAUCACUGAUACAUCUACGGUAAUUAG